AGUUAUUUGAUAGAUAUCGUUACAGUAAGCUACAUCUUUCUCGCCUGGACGUUUUUGUUGUUGUUGGGGGGAGAGUGAUGUGUAGCACGCGCUCUGUAGAGGUCAACGCGGAAUCAAACCGUGUUGUGCGGAUGCCUCUCAGGGGGGCUCAUCUCUGAGUUACCAACAGCAACGAGCUCACGCGACAGCGACUUUUAACGGACAACGGCUAGCUAACGUUAGGAAGAAACUACCGUGGAAGCCUCAACGGCCACAACGUGACAUCAUCCACUGACGUUAACGUCCCUUCGCUCGAUGAAUGUCGCGUGCGGAGCUCGCCAGCGUCGUGUUUAUCGCCGGGUUUCCGUCCGCCGUGAUGUCGGGAUGACAGGAAGAUGGCAAACGGCGUUGGAAAACACAAGCUACUUGUCAUUGGACCAACAGAGCCAUGGUCGGCGAGGGAGAAGCUGUGUUUGGCCACAUCUGUCAUGAAGAGUGGAGACCAGAACUGGGUGUCUGUCAGUCGAGCCAUUAAACCAUUUGCAGAACCCGGGCGACCACCUGACUGGUUCUCUCAAAAGCACUGUGCCUCCAAGUACUCUGAGCUCCUGCAAACAAUAGAGGCCCCAAAGCGGAAGCGGGGAGAGAGAGGUGAAGUGGUGGAGACAGUGGAGGAUGUGAUAGUCCGCAGGCUGACGGCUGACAGGAUUGAUGCACUAAAAAAGUUGAUCAAAGAAACACAGGAGACGCACAGGAAGCUGAAGAGAGAAACUGAACUGAUUCAAGCAGGAUGUCUGGAUUCCAAACUAGAAGAGUUAUGGGAAGACAUUCUGCAGAAGAAGAAACUGGAGGAGAAAGAAGCAGAGCUGAAACGAAAAAUUACAAAUGCUGCUUAUCAGGCCAGACAGGUGGCAAAGAACUCAUCUAAGCGAGAGCCCGGCAUCACCAUACAUUCGCUAUCAGGCUGCAGCUCCCCAAGCCAGGAGUUCUCACCGGGUGACCGACUCAAGUGUUUGACCCUGGAUCUCGCUUUGACAAAGAGUGCUUCAGGAUCAACCAGGUUAAUGACAAUUGCUGAGUCUUCUGGACCAGGAAAUGAUGACAUCAGCCCUGGGUCACUUCUGGAUGAUCCCACUCAAAAGAAGCUCCUGGUCCAGAAAGCCACACCACCACCAUCUCCACUCCUGUCAGAGUUACUGAAGAAAGGCAGUAUCUUGGCCACAAAUUCAAGACUGAUUGGGGAGGGGGACGUGAUCUCUGCUAAUAUGACAGGAGCACAUGACUUGCAGCUGGCUCUACCAAGCCAACCUCUCACUCAGGCAACAGAGGUGGAUGUGAUGGUGCUGUCUUUGCCCCCUGGGUGCCAGCCUAUCUCUGCAGAGGAUAAGGUGGCAGAGCUCGGUGAGGAGGGUGUGACUGUGUCCUACAUGGGGGAUGAGCUGGACCUGAAGACGGUGGGGGACAUUAUCGCUAUCAUUGAGGACAAGACAGAUGUGACUGCAGAGGCUUUGGAUGCAGCUGCAGUUGAGGCUGCGCUGUCACUGUGUGAAGAGAACGGCCACGCUUUGUCUGGUGCCUGGGAGCCCACAGGGGUCCAACAGUCCAUGUCUCAUCACAGUAGCCUGGAAGGGAAGACUGACGUGUUAGAAGUUCAGGGUGGGACUUCAGUGUCACUCUCGUCUCUGUGCAACAGUCAAGAUAGCGGUCUGGCUGCAUUCCCCAUGGGACUAAGGGGCCUUCCUCACACCUCCUCAUCCUCACGCAGCUCAAAGCGUUUGGAGCACUGCCGCGCUGGAGCACCUCCACAGCCUGAGGCAAUGAGAGAGAUUGGAAUGUUGGCGCAGCAGAAAAGCCACAUUUCAUUGGAUGUUACUCUAAAACGUGAGAGCGAGAAAUGGGCACAGCGAAGACCUGAAAAGCCCCAUCGAGACUCAGUAUUAGAAGAUAGCCCACUGACAGAAAGACAUCCCAAGGGGAUGAAAGCGGGAGGAGAAAAGGCCUCAGGGACUAACGUGUACCAUGAGCUUAAUGGGCCAGAAGUGUGUGGAGACGAAGAGGCUGAUGGGGUGGAGGGAUUCUUGUCGGAGCCAGACGGCGAGAUGGAGCUCGAGCCUGCGGCCAGCGAGAGUGAGGACGGGUACAGCCUCCACACAGCCUCCUCGUCUUUACAGCUCCACACAACCGCAGACUCCAUCCCCAGCAGCCCCGCCUCAUCACAGUUUUCUGUCUGCAGUGAGGACCAUGAAGCUCUCCAGGCUCACAAGAUCUGGAAGAAAGCCAUUAUGCUGGUGUGGCGUGCAGCGGCCAAUCACAGGUAUGCAAAUGUCUUCCUGCAGCCAGUAACUCAUGAAAUUGCACCUGGGUACCACAGUAUUGUGCAGAGGCCAAUGGACCUCGCCGCCAUAAAAAAGAGCAUUGAGACCGGUUUGAUACGGACCACCGCCGAGUUCCAGAGGGACAUCAUGCUGAUGUUUCAGAAUGCAGUCAUGUACAACAGCCUGGAUCAUGAUGUGUACCACAUGGCUCUGGAGAUGCAGCGUGAUGUCCUGGAGCAGAUCCAGCAGUUUCUGGCUACCCAGCUCAUCAUGGAGACAUCAGAUUCUGGUAUCAGCGCCAAAAGCUUGAGGGGCCGUGAGAGCACACGCAAACAGGACUCCACUGACAAGGACACUGUCUCCAUGUCCUCUCCUGCCUUCCUUCUCUCUCUGUUUGAUGGAGGCACCAGGGGGCGCCGUUGUGCCAUAGAAGCUGACCUUAAAAUGAAGAAAUGAACAUCCAGUAUGACAAUUUGAUCCAAUAGUGUUCCAGAGUUGGAUUGAAAGAUGUGAAACCACAAGACUGAACUCAUCCUGUCAGUUCCACAUAUUUUCACUCUGCAUAAAAUGCAGUGUAACCUUUAUUUGCACUCCAGGUGAAAUGGAUAGACUGUAAUAUGAAGAAGCUCAUUUCCUCUUAGACAGCCAUACAGACAUGGAUUAUAAACGGUGUAAUCCCAGAUUACAAUGGGGCAGGAAGAAAAGGUCAAACCUUUCAUAGACAUAGCUGCGGAUCACUUAGACGUAGCCUGCUCUGAAUUACAUCUGGUUGUUUACUGUAAAUGAAGAUACAAAUUACUCUUAGCCUACAAAUUGACCGAAUUAAGCCUUCUUGAGACCUGGUUUUCAUUCAGAUUAGUGCGGUUGAUUUUAAGAAACAUACCAUGUUGGUGAUAAAAUAUAAAACCAGAGGCCAAAGAGUCUGAUUAAGAUAGAAGUUGAGAAUGAUUGUGCUAAUUUCAAAAAGAAACAUUUGAUUAUUUUAACAACUCUCCAAUCAUUUCAAAAAAAUGUCUGUAUUGUUAGUGAUGAGUUGAUUUUAUUUAGGGUUCACUUCCAGUGAAACCGUCUCGACAUGCAUAUGUGUCAUUUUCAGUAUUUUUGAGAAAACGUCCCGUUAUUAAAAUGUUUUGUGGACUUUAAAAUAAACAAUGAAACUUC